CUGAGAGUGUAGCAGAUUGUUUUAUUUUUUGGGGGAGGUCAAGAUAUGAGUGCUGAUGGCCUAUAAAAACAUGCAACAGCAGAUGGAUAGGUGAGAAGAAAGAUAUCAAGACAACAGUGUCCUAUCAAGUCAUGGCCUUCAGGCUUCCCCUCUUGCUAGUCCUAUGCAGUCUGACUGUGGCUCAGUCCCAGCUGCAGUUGUUUAACCUGCGGGCAACUGGUCUACCCUCUGAUUUGCUGGGAAUCACAGAUGGCUAUGUCAAGGUGUUCUGUGACUCAAUUAGUCUGGGGAAGACAUCCAUCCGUCACAAUGAAGUCAACCCCUGGUGGGAGGAGGUUUUUGCCUACUUCAAAGCCCAGGAAAACAAUGUACUGAGGCUUGAGGUUCAUGACAGUGAUCUCGUCUUCGAUGAUUUGCUGGGAGUCUGUGAGCGUCAGAUCAAGCUGGGAACCUAUGAGCACGACUGCAUCUUGAAUGAAGGUGGCACCCUCCAUUAUGCCUACACCCUUGGCUGAGACAAUUCAUGUAUAGUGUUUACAUGCAAUCUUCACAUCUCCCAGAUAUAUGAUUUCUAAGACACUAACUGUGAGUAGUUAGGUUUUUUGUCCCAAAUCUAUGUUUCAUUAUUUAGGAUUAGACCAGAAAAAUAGUCACUCAAAUACAUAAACUUGAUCACUAAACCUUAUUCCAGUGACUAUAUCAUUGUCUCUUUUACCCUGUUUCCAAGGUUGUCAAAAAUAAAUAAACUGUGCUGCAAUACCAAA